AUGAGAGAAAAAAUUAUUCUCGCAAUUGAAAAUUAUAUCGAUAAGCAUCGCGAAAAAAUUAAAGAACGUGUUGAUAAAAAUGUAGAAAAACUUAAAGUUACCAUUAUUGAUAAACUUCCUGAUCAAAUUUUAGAAUUUAUUAAAAAGCAUUCAGAUGAUGGAGAUGGUCAUGAUACAUUUAUGGAAAAUGUAUUUCAAGUCAUAUCAAAUAUAGCAGAUCGAGUAUCUGAUGAUUUUAAAGAAGAUAUUCGUGAAAGUACUCGAGAACGUCUUGACGAAGCUACUAUAGAUACAUCUGAUCGAUUAACAGAUAAAAUAAUAAAAGAAUCAAAGAACGCAGUUAGAGAUGUUACUAGUAAAGAUGAUGAUGGUGAAUCCUGGUGGAGUAAUAUUGAUUUAUCAUUUUUGAGAGGAGGUAAAGAAGGAAUAAUUACCAAAAUUUUAGAAUUAGCAAGACCUCCAAUUAGAAAAUCUGGUGAAGAAGUUAACAGAAAAGUUAGUGAAAAAAUACCAGACAACGUUAAAGACAAAUUGUGCAGUAAAUUUGGAUUAACUGCUAAAAAGGAUAGACAAAUUCAAGAAGAAAUUCAUGAACGUGGAAUUUCAUUAUCAAAACAUGGAAAAGAAGAAGAUGGUCAUAUAAUUUCAAAAUUUUUUAAUUCUUUAAUUCACAAAGGUGAUGAUGAUGGAAAUAAAAAUGAAGGUGCUCGUUUAAAUAUUAUAGAUAAACUUUUCGCGAAACUUCCCGAUAAAAUUCAAAUUUUUUUAGAACCUCAUGUCAAAGAAUUUGAAGAAAGAUUGAUUGAUCAUUUAAAUACCGAAUUACGUGAAAAUAUAUUUAAAGAUGAUAAUUUCUUAGGCGGGAUUAAGGGUAUUCUUGGUAAAUUUGGUGAUAAAGAUGGAGAUGGAAAAAAUGAUUUGUUAGAAGGAGUUCACAAUGUAGUUGGAUCUUUGUUUCGAAAAAAAUAG